GCUACUUCCCCAAAAGAAAGCAGCAGCAGUAGGGAAGCCUUUGCAGGACAUGGCUUUUCUCUGCUCUCUCUUUCUCUCUCUACGGUGGUAUGGCCUCUAUUAUUCCAUGUUUAAUCUCUAUUCAAUCCUCAUAAUUUCAUAGUUUCGUCAUCUGGGUCUUUAAUAUUUUUUCUCAAAUUCUGUGUACCCACUCAUGAGUUUUCAAAAAGCUAAUUGAUUUGCUCGUACUGUAUUUAUUCACUGUUGAUCUUUUGAGUGGUCGAGCUAAUCUCCUGCUCUGUUUUCCGCUGCUGUUUUCGCUUUGGCAUCUUCACUGUUUUGUUGUCGGGUUGAUGAUUCAACCCUUUUAGCAGCUUGAGUGAGAAGUGAGAAGAUGGGUAGGGAGCUUGAUUAUGUGUUUAUGAUGUGAGUUAUUAUUAGGAGGUUAAUGAGUUUUUUUUUUUUUACCAUGGAAAGAGAUCGGAAAAGAGGAAAAAGAACAGGAGGAGGAUAUAUGUGUUUGUUUACUUGUGGGAUAAAGUAAGUGGUGGUGAUUCUUGCUUGUGAGUUGUGAUAGUCAAUGACAGAGAACCUGAGUAGACAAAGAAGCUUUCGUUCUUUUCUUCUCCCUUUUCGCACCUCUCGUGUGCUGGCAACCGUAAUGUGUCUCCAUUUCUGUUUGUCUACGUAGAGAAGCAGAGGGGAUUUUUCUGUGUCCUUUUUUCUUUUAUUUUAAUAUCGUGUUGUGUCGUUUGUUGGAUUGUCCUCCAAGUGUUUGUGAAAAUGCCUAUGUUUCAGCCCUCAAAGAGGGAUAGGGUUGUUGGGUAUGAAGCCGGUGGUGAUGGGCAAGUCCUAGAUCUGGACACAGCCGUGAAAGAUGGAGUUUUGGGUGCCGUGGGCAGUGGCGUUGUUGGCGCCGGCUUUGGUGAGAAAUUGGAUCUGAAGAAGAUGAUUGAGGAACUUGAUAUACCAGAUAUCCCUUCCGUCUUCAUCUGUCCAAUCUCGCUUGAGCCAAUGCAGGACCCUGUUACCCUUUGCACCGGCCAAACCUACGAGCGGUCCAACAUUCUUAAAUGGUUCAAUUUGGGGCACUACACUUGCCCCACGACUAUGCAAGAGCUUUGGGAUGAUUCCAUUACCCCUAAUAGGACUCUUUACCAUUUGAUUUACACUUGGUUUUCUCAGAAAUACUUGCUCAUGAAGAAGAGGUCAGAAGAUGUUCAGGGAAGGGCUAGUGAGCUUCUUGAAACAUUGAAGAAAGUUAAGGGUCAGGCUAGAGUUCAAGCCUUGAAGGAGCUGCAACAAGUUGUGGUGGGACAUGGCACUGCUAGGAAGGCUGUAAUUGAUGAAGGUGGUCUUGCUGUAAUCUCGUCAUUGUUAGGUCCAUUUACCUCUCAUGCAGUCGGUUCGGAGGCAAUUGGGAUUCUUGUAAAUUUGGACCUUGAUUCAGAAUCUAAAACCAAUUUGAUGCAGCCAGCCAAGAUUUCGUUAAUGGUGGAUAUGCUGAAUGAAGGUUCUGUCGAGACGAAGAUUAAUUGUACAUUAUUGAUUGAGACGUUGAUGGAGGAGAAGGAUUUUCGACCUGAAAUUGUCUCUAGUCAUAGUUUGUUAGUUGGAUUGAUGAGGCUGGUGAAGGAUAAGAGGCAUACUAGUGGGAUCUUGCCUGGACUUAACCUGCUUAGAGCAAUAUGUCUGCAUAAACAAGUUAGGACCUUGAUUGUUAGCAUUGGGGCUGUUGGUCAAUUAGUUGAAUUGUUACCCUCUUUAGAUCCUGAUUGUUUGGAAUUGGCUCUGUUCAUCCUGGAUACUCUGUCUGAUCUACAAGAGGGGAAAAUGGCACUGAAGGAUUGUGGGAACUCAAUACCGAAUAUGGUCAGGCUACUGAUGAGAGUUUCAGAGAAUUGUACUCAAUAUGCAUUGUCAAUUUUGUGGUCUGUAUGUAGACUUGCUCCUGAGGAAUGCUCAUCUAUUGCAGUGGAAGCGGGUCUAGCAGCGAAGCUACUUCUUGUGAUCCAAAGUGGUUGCAAUCCAGUGGUGAAGCAACGAGCAGCAGAGCUACUGAAACUUUGUAGUCUAAAUUAUACAGAUACAAUUUUCAUUUCUAAAUGUAAGCUCACAAGGACAAUUCAAUGAGGGGGAAAUUUUAUAUGGGUGUAAUUCAAGUUCCCUCUGAUAUGUGUGGGAAGGGAAGCAAGGCCUCCUGGAUUCAAGAUGGUGAAUUCUCCUACACCUAAAGACCAUAUGAAGUGGGAGUUUGAGGUAUGAUUUGCUCCUCCUGUACAUAUUCAAGCAGUUCAACUCCAGCAAUUGAUUCAAAAUACUCUUAAGGAAAAGCAUAUAAUAUGGGUAUUAGCAAGGCUUGAAUGCUCCAGUAGGAUUCUACGUCCUCUGCCCAAUGGCCAAUGCCUCUUCUCCAAUAAACCCCGUGCAGGAAGUUUUUGUAAAACGUGUUGUAUAUUGAGUUUAUAUGGGGAUUGUAGUUAUUGGAUAAGAAUACUUGUACGGGGAGAGAAAAACUAGUAAAAGCACCUUGGAGCUUGCAAUGGAAAAUUGGUGAGAUUGUAAUAGUGAAGGAAAUUGUUUUCCUCCUCCAUGGUCCUUUCUACCACCAAAUUUGUUCCUUUGGAUCUCGAAGACCAUCAUUUUUCCUUUUUUAAGUUUAGUGGGAGUUUUGAUGGUGACCCCACAUUUAUAGAGACUGUAGUGCUCGACCUUUUACCUUUUACCAAUUCAAUGUGUACAACGAAAUCAACCCAUUUUCGUUUCUUUCGUC